UCGGUUUUUGAAUUUAAAACAAAAUACAACAAUAAACACGAAUGACAACUGGUGACAAAAUACACAAAUAAUUUUGGAUUUAUUGAAUUGUGAAAAAAUUAAGAACUGAAAAAAAAACCGGAAAUGUUGUGCCCAGAAGGCUCUCAGCCUGAAAAUGAUACGUUAUCCAAAAGCAAUGAUAUCUGCCAAAAGAAACCAAACAAAGUUCCUGCUGAAGGAACAGACAGCUUGGAACUAACUUCCUAUAAAAAUCCUAAGACAUGGAAGAAAUCGAUUUCUAAUUUCUUCAGAAAUCAACUACGUUCAACUAAAUCCAAUGAGGGUGAUCGGCCUUCAGGCAGUAAAGAUAAUUUUGAGGAAAAAGAGAUCACUCCUGACCAAAAGUGGCAAUCUUUGGGGAAAGUAUUUCGUCGUCAAAGCUUUGCCGAAACGUGGAACAAGUCUCCUAAAUCGCCAGGAGAAAAUUCAUCUCACAGUAAAAGGCUAGCGGUAAAAAAGGUCAUUUCAUCUUACUUUGGCAAAAGUCAAAAAGUUACGUCGGCGGAUGGUGAAAAAUAAACAUGUACACAAAUAAAAAUGUUAUACAGAU